CUCACACCUUCGCCGGGGUCAAAUUUCUCGGGCACAUCGGAGCAGCCUCUUCGGGGGAAACGAUCGCACGCACGAGACGCGAGUGGAGCCCAGCCCGCCGCCGAGAUUCGCUCCUUGGAAUGAUUCGCUUUUUACGGCCCAUUUCACCUCGGCUGAAGCCGCUCUCACAAUGACCACGACGUAAAAACUGCGUGGGCUCGACUCCUCAGUGAAUCCAAGGGAAUACGUAUCCCGGUCUUGAAUGAGUCCCGUUGGCUGCGGAUCCCCGAGCAGCGAGCGUUUUGGGGCAGCGGCUGAGAGCGAGCGAGGGCGACGGACAACACGGCGGCGACACUACUUGCUAUCCCGGUCAGCAUGAACCUCAUCGGGGGCUACCAGCAUCACCACCACCUGAUGCACGAACCCUUCCCGUUCGUCCAGCGGUGUCACCAGGACGCGCCGUACUUCCAGAGCUGGGUGGUGAACCACGGCGAGGUGCCGCCGGACUUCCAGAUCCAGGCGCCCUACCCGGCCGCGGAGCUCGGCGCGUCCGGAGCGACGCACGACGCGCGGAUGGAGGGACUCCAGGCGGGGAUGGGGAAGAGGAGAGCGUCGGGGCCGAAGAAGGAGCGCCGGCGGACCGAGAGUAUCAACACAGCUUUCGCCGAGCUGAGGGAGUGCAUCCCCAACGUCCCGGCGGACACAAAACUGUCUAAGAUUAAAACUUUACGCCUGGCGACCAGUUACAUCGCCUACCUGAUGGACGUCCUGGCCAAAGACUCCGGGGAGACGGAGGGUUUUAAGGCCGAAAUUAAGAAAUUUGAAAACCGAGAUCUGAAAAGAAAACGAGAGCUGACUGACGGCCAGCAGGAAUCCUUAGGAGCCGAGAAGAAAGUGAAGGGCCGGACCGGGUGGCCGCAGCAGGUCUGGGCUCUGGAGCUCAACCAGUGACCCUCCCUCCCUCCUUCCUCCCUCCUUCCUCCCUCCUCGUCCCCCAAACCUCUUCAGAGACUGGAUCCAAAUCAGAUUAAAACCACUGACUGACUGAGCCUAAACGCACCGCCGUGCGCGCGCAGUGACGCGCAGAAAGGAGAGAAUUAAAGGAGGACGCGCAAACGGGGCGACCGGCGGACGCAAACGCCGGAGGCCGGAAUCUUCUCUGUCGAGCUGCUCGAUCUUCUGCUGGUCUGGUUUCUAGGUCGACACCCGGUGCCGAAGGUGUAGGUGUUUGAUAUUUGUGGUAUUUCUGCGUUUUGAUGUUUCCACCACUCCAGAUGUGCUGUAGACCAGAUGUUGCCAUGGUGUCAAAAAAAAAAAAGGGGGGGAAAAAAAAGGGAAAAAAAACAAAACAUGUGCUUUGGCGUUUUCCACAAACUGAAAAAUCAAUAAAUUAUGACCAAUGAUGAACGAGAGGAAAUGCACAGUAGCUUGUGGUCGGAGGAAACUGCAGAAGGUACAAAAAUGAAAUGAUCUCUUUGGUUUUUUUUAUUUUUUAGCGCGUAUAAAACCGGUUGUCUGUCCAAUCAGAAAGCGGGUUCAACGCUCAGUUAUCGGAACCGCGUUUCCUCAGCGUGGACACACAAACAGUUGUAGGAUACGUUUUUUGGUUUGUUCGUUUUCCCGCGCGCCGCCAGCUGUUUUAUUUAAUGCCAGGAGGAAAUUAAAUGAUCACGAAGGCGAAUAUUUCUGCAUAAAUAUCUUUUCCCCGUAUGUUUUUGUUUCGUGAGCGAGUCUCGCCUCAAAGUUUCCAUCGUUUGUAAAAUUUUCAACUGCAUUAAAAAAAAAAAUCAAAACAAAAACACGUUGAAUAAUAAAAAAAUACAAAAAGGUUGAUAUUUUGUUUUGAAAACAUUAAUUAAUGAACCUAAUCGGUUAGUUCAUAAAUAGCUGAUAAAGACAAGCAAAAACCAUUAAAAGCGUAAUAACUGGAUGUGUGUGUUGAGCAGCUUUUCCUCUGAUGUCACGUCGUGGAAAAAUUGAAGAAAAAAUAAAUAAAUAAUUGAGAGGGGAAACACACCGACCGCGGCCAGAAGCCCAGAGCCCGGUGGAAACGCGUUUUGAGGGGAGACGGUUUGAUUUGAUUCGAUUCGAUUCGAUUCGACUUGAUUGGUCACGGUCUCAUCAUCCAUUUGGCGCAGUCAGAAUAUUUCAAGUUAAUAUCUAUCGAGAUGCAGCCCCGGCUGCAGGGCUCUCCAGGCCGCUGUUGCUGUUUCUUGUAAAAGGAGAAAUAAAAUAAAAACUAAAAAAAAAAAAGAAAAAAUUAAGAAACGGCUGAAUCUACCUCAGAAUGAAUGUCACCGUCCGGACGGAGACGCCGAGUGUUCAGUUGACGCACAGCUUUCACUCCGACGUGUAAAACACUACGAACCUGGAGGGACGGUGGGUUUUACUGCUGUGCCACACGUCGAUGGGAAUGUACAUUAGAUGUGAAGUUAUGUAUAGCUCCGUAAAUAAAUGAAUUAUUUUAAGACACUCCAGCUGUGGUGACGGUGACCCCCCCCCCCCCGGCUUCACUUUUCUCUUCUUAGUACACGUUUGUUGGGGAGAGGAACAGAACUGACGGAGGAAGACGAUUCAUGUCAGCACUAAGCAGAAAAGGACUUUUUUCCUAUUUAUGGAUUUAAUCUCGGAAUGUUCUGGCUUUUUCCUCGUAAUGUUUUCCACUGUCAGAAUUGUUUUUGAUUUUCACGAAACUUUCCGCCUAUUUUUCUCUGGUGAUUUAGAUUUUUUUUUUCUUUCUUUACACAAUUCUACCCUUAAAGAGGAUUUUUUUUAAAUUUUAUUUUAUUUUUAAGAUCGAUGUCAGGAAACGUUUUUUCUUUUAAUGUCCCCGGUUGUCUUCAGUGUCCUGCUGUGCAAAACAUUCACAAAUGGCCAAAAAAUAGAAAAGGAAUAGCCUUCAUCAUAUUUGUACAUUUUUAAAUGUUCCUAUUUAUAUAUCUAUCUAUAUAGAUAGAUAGAAAAAUACAAUUUCUAAUGCUCCUCUGCUGACUGGUAGUGUAAACACUUUAUUCUGGGUGAGGACUUUUGAUGGGGGCCUCUGAAAUCCAAACAAAACACUGUUCUGUCUGUAACAAGCUUCAAUGAACUUCGACAAGAGUUAAGAGAAGUAUAGUCAUUGAAAAAA